CUCACAUACAACGAGCUUGUCUCCUCGCUCAUUCACUUCCUCGAGGUAGCCUUCCACUCGAUCCUCCACCUCAGGCACGUCUAUCCUCCCUCCAUUUUCUCCCUUCAUCGCUCUUACCAGAUACCAGUACAUCGCUCCCGCCACCCAGGACUCAACGAGUACAUCAGCUCCAUCUUGACCGCCGUGCGCGAGGAGUUGGACAAGGAUGACGACGAGCAAGCAGGUGGGGUGCAUAAGAUCAUUUUCGUCCUCUCGUCUGCCAGCACGGGAAAGACGCUGGAGAGAUACAUCUUCGAGCUUGCACAUCUUCUGCCUCGUACGCUCCGUCGAGCCGAUCGAGACCUGAGCAUCAGAGGCAACGUAAGCUUCAGGCAGGUGCAGCUGUAUUACCGCGCAUUUCUCAUGAAGCUCGUCGUGCUUGAUGCGGCGCUGGAGGAGGUACAUGAUGAAGAGGACCUCACUUUCGCAGUGGACGGUGAGGUGCACGAUGAUAGUCAGGAGCUCCGAGCGAGGAGAAGCGCUGCGGAAGGGAAAGACAACGAUGAACCCAUCAUCCUGCCAGUCAAGACGCUCGACUCGGGAGUCAUCAACCUCAUGCUCUACGUCGAAGAC